AUGGAUCUCAACACAUGGAAUAUGUUCUGGAGAUUAUGUUUUGGAUUAUUGGGAACUUUGAUCGUUGCUGGAAAUAUUCUAAUCAUCUGGAUGUUUUUUAAGCUGAGACGCCGAAAGCGUUCUUCAUUUCUUCUGAUCGGUUUGGGCGUGGCUGAUUUACUGGUUGGAGUUUUAGCUAUUCCCCUUUUCAUAGCAACAUAUGAAUCAGCUUCAAUAACAACAGAGCGUAUUUUCCACCUCAUUGACAUGUUUACAAGUAUAUCGUCCAUUUAUACACUUGCAGUCAUUUCCUUGGAGAGAAUGUUCGCUAUCGGUUGGCAUCUUCGUCACAGAACUACAAACUUUCGUGUUUAUAUCUGUGCUAUUUCCAUACCGUGGAUCAUCGCAGCAAUAUUCGCUGUUUUAUUUAAUAGAAAAUUAAACUUCAUUACAGGAGACAGCGUAAUCCAUCUUCUAGUUUUGUUUUCUGCAACGCCUUUAUUAGUUAUGUGUGUAGCGUAUUUUGUUAUUUGGAGGAAACAAAAAUCACCAAUAUGUAACCAUAACAAUGUCAUCAGAGAAGCGAAAUUAGCAAACACAUUAUUUUUUAUAACAGGAGCUUCUGUUUUCACUUGGCUUCCAUUCCAGAUUCUUAUCCUGUUGGUAAAUUUACAAAUAACUGCAAACUUUUCUCAUCUGCAUAUGACGACAUUCAUCAUCAGGGUUUUACAAUACAGCAAUUCUUUCGUAAACGUAAUCAUUUACCCACUAAGAAUUCCAGAAUUUAAAAACUGCCUGCUACACUCACUUCGUUGUUGUGUGGUUCCCCAUCGAGUAUUUAGAGCGGGAGUUUUACCUUCAGUUGAGUCUGGUUCAGUUGUAUCCUUAGUAAGAUUUACAAGCACGCAGUUUUUAUCACCGAGCUCUAAACUGGAGAGUGUAGUUUGA